AUGAAGGAAGCAUAUUUAUUAUCAUCCAGCAACACUGACAGCAAGGGGUUGGGUAAGCGCAUGCUCCAGCUUACUUCAAAAGAAGUACAAGAAGAAAUAUCGAUGGAUGAUGCGCAUCCUUACAAAAGAGACUGUCAAACAUUGUCGAUUACAGAUCUUCCAGAUGAAUGUCUUAACCGUGUAUAUGAGAGCCUGAAAUCCAGUACUGAUCGUAGUUCCUUUGGUUUGGUUCUAUUUCUAUGCUUAAAUCCUCACUUUAAAUAUUUGGAUAUGAUGCAGUCUUUGAUAAUUUCUCCUCCAUUCCCUCGUCUGACAUCGGUACGUCUAGUUGAUACUAAUAUUACUGAUAAAGGUAUAGACUCCCUGACAAAAUGUUGUCCAUCCUUAGAGAAAGUGGACCUCACAAAAAGCAAUCAUAUUACUGAUUCAGGAAUAAGUUUUCUCUUACAAAACUGUCACAAACUCGGUUCUCUUAGUAUUACAGACUGCGAAAGGGUGACAGGUACUGGCUUUCUUGGGUGUCCGAAGACCUUGACUGAGGUAUCUGCAUAUGGUAAGCAAGAACUUACAACAGAGGGGAUUAAAGCAAUUGUGAGCGGAGGAGGGCUUCAAUCUCUAUAUUUAUCAGGAAAUACAGUUAAUGACGAAGCAGUUAUAGCUAUUUCAAAAGGUUGUCCUCUUCUAAAGGUAUUGCGCCUAAAAUCUUGUAAUGAGGUACAACUUGAAGGAUGGAAAGCUAUUGGUCUACAUUGCAGACACUUGAAAGCCCUUUACUUGGUCGAAUGCUUGAAAUUAUGUCAUGUAGGAUUGCAAGCUUUGUGUAAUGGGUGUAACCAGCUUUCAUAUUUUUUUACGGACACUUGUAGGGUUUUUGCUAUUGAUCUUUUCACGCGAGAAAGACGCAAUGUGCGUCUCCUAUGA